AUGCAAAUUAUACCUCAACUCGAGCAAAUUGUCAUCUCGACAUCAAGAAAUCAAUCCACCACCGACAAUUUAUCUUUCGUUAUGCUAGCAAAUGAUACGAUCUCUUCGUCACAUCGCCCAUUUUUUCUCACGAUCCUAAUCGCUAUUUGUCUUUCGACUAUUGUCAUAUUAACCAUCGUCGGAAAUAUUCUCGUUCUAAUUGCGCUAUGCUUCGACUUCGCACUUCGUUCACCAACACAUUUACUAAUGGGAAAUCUGGCGUGUGCCGACCUGUUAUUAGGUAAUCUAUCACUCCCGAAUCAUGAACCAGAAACAGAAAGUAAUUCUGUUCUUUGUUUAGGUAUCACCGUUUUACCUUUUUCAUCAACUCUGGAAAUUCUCGAAGGAAAAUGGCUAUUCGGUCGAACGUUCUGUCAUAUCUGGCUUGCUAUUGAUGUUCUCUACUGCACAGCAAGUAUCUACGGUUUAAUGUUCAUAUCUAUCGAACGGUAUAUUGGUGUAACACGUCCAUUACGUUAUCCGAUUAUCAUUACACAUAGUCGAACAUUGUUUGCGAUAUUGAUUGCUUGGCUAGUUUCGAUUCUAGUGUCUAUCGUUCCCUUUCUUGGUUGGCAUAACGAAGUGAAACUAAUCGAUCAAGCUUGUUUGGUGAACGAUAAUUUGUCUUACGUUCUUUUUUCAUGUUCAUUUUCAUUUUAUAUACCUUUAAUUAUUAUUCUUUGUGUUUAUGGACGCAUUUACAAUGAAGCUAUUCGGCAACAUGCAUUUCUUACUGGCGGGGAGAAGAAAGUUCGGUUGAAAGAGACUGACGGACAAGAAUGUGUUACUCUACGUAUACAUAUACCACAACAUUUGUCAGCGUCAACGACAUCGCUAUCGAAUACAAUUCAUUCCUCAAGUUCAACAUUAGCCAUGAAUGGACGAAGAUUGUCAACACUACUGACACCCAAUGGUCCGAAUAAAUUAUCGAAAUUUAUGCGUGAGCGAAAAGCUGCUAAAACACUGGGCAUCGUUGUAGGAAUGUUUAUCCUAUGCUGGUCACCAUUUUUUCUUCUUUUACCAAUAAAAGCAUUGACAAAUUACGAUCCGGGAUUGAUAUUCUCCAUUUGUUUUUGGUUAGGUUAUUGCAAUUCAUGCUUCAAUCCAUUUAUUUACGCAUUUUCUAGUCGAGAAUUUCGAAGAUCAUUUGAAUCGAUUUUAAGAUGUCAUCGCAAACAAUAUCGACGUACAUCGAUAAGUUUAUCGCGUGUAUCCGCUGCAACAGCUAUGGAUCAAGUUCAAUUGAGAAAAUCUCUGAGCUGUGAUGUCACAUCACCUCGUUUCUUUCCGAAAUUGCAUUCCAGUGUCAGCUGUCGAACAUCCUACGACAGCCAACAGAAUUUUAUUCCACUUCAAAAAACAAGUAACUUUCUGAAGCGUCCUCAUCUCUCCGUUUUUCAUCGUCUAUCGCAUUCAACCAAUUCUAAAUCGUUAUCCGAUUGGCAUCUUCAGCAGCCAACUAAUGUCAGAUAA